AUGCUCCACUCCCCAUGCUCCUCUCCCCAUGCUCCUCUCCCCAUGCUCCUCUCCCCAUGCUCCUCUCCCCAUGCUCCUCUCCCCAUGCUCCUCUCCCCAUGCUCCUCUCCCCAUGCUCCUCCCCCCAUGCUCCUCCCCCCAUGCUCCUCUCCCCAUGCUUCUCCCCCCAUGCUCCUCUCCCCAUACUCCUCCCCCCAUGCUCCUCUCCCCAUACUCCUCCCCCCAUGCUCCUCUCCCCAUACUCCUCCCCCCAUGCUCCUCUCCCCAUGCUCCUCCCCCCAUGCUCCUCUCCCCAUGCUCCUCUCCCCAUGCUCCUCUCCCCAUGCUCCUCUCCCCAUGCUCCUCUCCCCAUGCUCCUCUCCCCAUGCUCCUCUCCCCAUGCUCCUCUCCCCAUGCUCCUCUCCCCAUGCUCCUCUCCCCAUGCUCCUCUCCCCAUGCUCCUCUCCCCAUGCUCCUCCUCCCAUACUCCUCCCCCCAUGCUCCUCUCCCCAUGCUCCUCCCCCCAUGCUCCUCUCCCCAUGCUCCUCUCCCCAUGCUCCUCUCCCCAUGCUCCUCUCCCCAUGCUCCUCUCCCCAUGCUCCUCUCCCCAUGCUCCUCUCCCCAUGCUCCUCUCCCCAUGCUCCUCUCCCCAUGCUCCUCCCCCCAUGCUCCUCUCCCCAUGCUCCUCUCCCCAUGCUCCUCUCCCCAUGCUCCUCUCCCCAUGCUCCUCUCCCCAUGCUCCUCUCCCCAUGCUCCUCUCCCCAUGCUCCUCUCCCCAUGCUCCUCUCCCCAUGCUCCUCUCCCCAUGCUCCUCUCCCCAUGCUCCUCUCCCCAUGCUCCUCCCCCCAUGCUCCUCUCCCCAUGCUCCUCCCCCCCAUGCUCCUCUCCCCAUGCUCCUCUCCCCAUGCUCCUCUCCCCAUGCUCCUCUCCCCAUGCUCCUCUCCCCAUGCUCCUCUCCCCAUGCUCCUCUCCCCAUGCUCCUCUCCCCAUGCUCCUCUCCCCAUGCUCCUCUCCCCAUGCUCCUCCCCCAUGCUCCUCUCCCCAUGCUCCUCUCCCCAUGCUCCUCUCCCCAUGCUCCUCUCCCCAUGCUCCUCUCCCCAUGCUCCUCUCCCCAUGCUCCUCUCCCCAUGCUCCUCUCCCCAUGCUCCUCUCCCCAUGCUCCUCUCCCCAUGCUCCUCUCCCCAUGCUCCUCUCCCCAUGCUCCUCUCCCCAUGCUCCUCUCCCCAUGCUCCUCUCCCCAUGCUCCUCUCCCCAUGCUCCUCUCCCCAUGCUCCUCUCCCAUGCUCCUCUCCCCAUGCUCCUCUCCCCAUGCUCCUCUCCCCAUGCUCCUCUCCCCAAUGCUCCUCUCCCCAUGCUCCUCUCCCCAUGCUCCUCUCCCCAUGCUCCUCUCCCCAUGCUCCUCUCCCCAUGCUCCUCUCCCCAUGCUCCUCUCCCCAUGCUCCUCUCCCCAUGCUCCUCUCCCAUGCUCCUCUCCCCAUGCUCCUCUCCCCAUGCUCCUCUCCCCAUGCUCCUCUCCCCAUGCUCCUCUCCCCAUGCUCCUCUCCCCAUGCUCCUCUCCCCAUGCUCCUCUCCCCAUGCUCCUCUCCCCAUGCUCCUCUCCCCAUGCUCCUCUCCCCAUGCUCCUCUCCCCAUGCUCCUCUCCCCAUGCUCCUCUCCCCAUGCUCCUCUCCCCAUGCUCCUCUCCCCAUGCUCCUCCCAUGCUCCUCCCCAUGCUCCUCUCCCAUGCUCCUCUCCCAUGCUCCUCUCCCCAUGCUCCUCUCCCCAUGCUCCUCUCCCAUGCUCCUCUCCCCAUGCUCCUCUCCCCAUGCUCCUCUCCCCAUGCUCCUCUCCCCAUGCUCCUCUCCCCAUGCUCCUCUCCCCAUGCUCCUCUCCCCAUGCUCCUCUCCCCAUGCUCCUCUCCCAUGCUCCUCUCCCCAUGCUCCUCUCCCCAUGCUCCUCUCCCCAUGCUCCUCUCCCCAUGCUCCUCUCCCCAUGCUCCUCUCCCCAUGCUCCUCUCCCCAUGCUCCUCUCCCCAUGCUCCUCUCCCCAUGCUCCUCUCCCCAUGCUCCUCUCCCCAUGCUCCUCUCCCCAUGCUCCUCUCCCCAUGCUCCUCUCCCCAUGCUCCUCUCCCCAUGCUCCUCUCCCCCAUGCUCCUCUCCCCAUGCUCCUCUCCCCAUGCUCCUCUCCCCAUGCUCCUCUCCCAUGCUCCUCUCCCCAUGCUCCUCCCCCAUGCUCCUCUCCCCAUGCUCCUCUCCCCAUGCUCCUCUCCCCAUGCUCCUCUCCCCAUGCUCCUCUCCCCAUGCUCCUCUCCCCAUGCUCCUCUCCCCAUGCUCCUCUCCCCAUGCUCCUCUCCCCAUGCUCCUCUCCCCAUGCUCCUCCCCCCAUGCUCCUCUCCCCAUGCUCCUCUCCCCAUGCUCCUCUCCCCAUGCUCCUCUCCCCAUGCUCCUCUCCCCAUGCUCCUCUCCCCAUGCUCCUCUCCCCAUGCUCCUCUCCCCAUGCUCCUCUCCCCAUGCUCCUCUCCCCAAGCUCCUCUCCCCAUGCUCCUCCCCCAUGCUCCUCUCCCCAUGCUCCUCUCCCCAUGCUCCUCUCCCCAUGCUCCUCUCCCCAUGCUCCUCUCCCCAUGCUCCUCUCCCCAUGCUCCUCUCCCCAUGCUCCUCUCCCCAUGCUCCUCUCCCCAUGCUCCUCUCCCCAUGCUCCUCUCCCCAUGCUCCUCUCCCCAUGCUCCUCUCCCCAUGCUCCUCUCCCCAUGCUCCUCUCCCCAUGCUCCUCUCCCCCAUGCUCCUCUCCCCAUGCUCCUCUCCCCAUGCUCCUCUCCCCAUGCUCCUCUCCCCAUGCUCCUCUCCCCAUGCUCCUCUCCCCAUGCUCCUCUCCCCAUGCUCCUCUCCCCAUGCUCCUCUCCCCAUGCUCCUCUCCCCAUGCUCCUCUCCCCAUGCUCCUCUCCCCAUGCUCCUCUCCCCAUGCUCCUCUCCCCCAUGCUCCUCUCCCCAUGCUCCUCUCCCCAUGCUCCUCUCCCCAUGCUCCUCUCCCCAUGCUCCUCUCCCCAUGCUCCUCUCCCCAUGCUCCUCUCCCCAUGCUCCUCUCCCCAUUCUCCCAGCCCCAUGCUCCUCUCCCCAUGCUCCUCUCCCCAUGCUCCUCCCCCCAUGCUCCUCUCCCCAUGCUCCUCCCCCCAUGCUCCUCUCCCCAUGCUCCUCUCCCCAUGCUCCUCCCCCCAUGCUCCUCUCCCCAUGCUCCUCCCCCCAUGCUCCUCCCCCCAUGCUCCUCUCCCCAUGCUCCUCUCCCCAUGCUCCUCUCCCCAUGCUCCUCCCCCCAUGCUCCUCUCCCCAUACUCCUCCCCCCAUGCUCCUCUCCCCAUACUCCUCCCCCCAUGCUCCUCUCCCCAUGCUCCUCUCCCCAUGCUCCUCUCCCCCAUGCUCCUCUCCCCAUGCUCCUCUCCCCAUGCUCCUCUCCCCAUGCUCCUCUCCCCAUGCUCCUCUCCCCAUGCUCCUCUCCCCAUGCUCCUCUCCCCAUGCUCCUCUCCCCAUGCUCCUCCCCCCAUGCUCCUCCCCCCAUGCUCCUCUCCCCAUGCUCCUCCCCCCAUGCUCCUCUCCCCAUACUCCUCCCCCCAUGCUCCUCUCCCCAUACUCCUCCCCCCAUGCUCCUCUCCCCAUACUCCUCCCCCCAUGCUCCUCUCCCCAUGCUCCUCCCCCCAUGCUCCACUCCCCAUGCUCCUCUCCCCAUGCUCCUCUCCCCAUGCUCCUCUCCCCAUGCUCCUCUCCCCAUGCUCCUCUCCCCAUGCUCCUCUCCCCAUGCUCCUCUCCCCAUGCUCCUCCCCCCAUGCUCCUCCCCCCAUGCUCCUCUCCCCAUGCUCCUCCCCCCAUGCUCCUCUCCCCAUACUCCUCCCCCCAUGCUCCUCUCCCCAUACUCCUCCCCCCAUGCUCCUCUCCCCAUACUCCUCCCCCCAUGCUCCUCUCCCCAUGCUCCUCCCCCCAUGCUCCUCUCCCCAUGCUCCUCUCCCCAUGCUCCUCUCCCCAUGCUCCUCUCCCCAUGCUCCUCUCCCCAUGCUCCUCUCCCCAUGCUCCUCUCCCCAUGCUCCUCCCCCCAUGCUCCUCUCCCCAUACUCCUCCCCCCAUGCUCCUCUCCCCAUACUCCUCCCCCCAUGCUCCUCUCCCCAUACUCCUCCCCCCAUGCUCCUCUCCCCAUGCUCCUCUCCCCAUGCUCCUCUCCCCAUGCUCCUCUCCCCAUGCUCCUCUCCCCAUGCUCCUCCUCCCAUACUCCUCCCCCCAUGCUCCUCUCCCCAUGCUCCUCUCCCCCAUGCUCCUCUCCCCAUGCUCCUCUCCCCAUGCUCCUCUCCCCAUGCUCCUCUCCCCAUGCUCCUCUCCCCAUGCUCCUCUCCCCAUGCUCCUCUCCCCAUGCUCCUCUCCCCAUGCUCCUCUCCCCAUGCUCCUCUCCCCAUGCUCCUCUCCCCAUGCUCCUCUCCCCAUGCUCCUCUCCCCAUGCUCCUCUCCCCAUGCUCCUCUCCCCAUGCUCCUCUCCCCAUGCUCCUCUCCCCAUGCUCCUCUCCCCAUGCUCCUCUCCUCUCCCCAUGCUCCUCUCUCCCAUGCUCCUCUCCCCAUGCUCCUCUCCCCAUGCUCCUCUCCCCAUGCUCCUCUCCCCAUGCUCCUCUCCCCAUGCUCCUCCUCCCCAUGCUCCUCUCCCCAAUGGCUCCCUCCCCAUGCUCCUCUCCCCAUGCUCCUCUCCCCAUGCUCCUCUCCCCAUGCUCCUCUCCCCAUGCUCCUCUCCCCAUGCUCCUCUCCCCAUGCUCCUCUCCCCAUGCUCCUCUCCCCAUUGCGCCUCUCCCCAUGCUCCUCUCCCCAUGCUCCUCCCCCCAUGCUCCUCUCCCCAUGCUCCUCUCCCCAUGCUCCUCCCCCCAUGCUCCUCUCCCCAUGCUCCUCUUCCCCAUGCUCCUCUCCCCAUGCUCCUCUCCCCAUGCUCCUCUCCCCAUGCUCCUCUCCCCAUGCUCUCUCCCCAUGCCUCCUCCCACCCAUGCUCCUCUCCCCAUGCUCCCUCCCCAUGCUCCUCUCCCCAUGCUCCUCUCCCCAUGCUCCUCUCCCCAUGCUCCUCUCCCCAUGCUCCUCUCCCCAUGCUCCUCUCCCCAUGCUCCUCUCCCCAUGCUCCUCUCCCCAUGCUCCUCUCCCCAUGCUCCUCUCCCCCAUGCUCCUCUCCCCAUGCUCCUCUCCCCAUGCUCCUCUCCCCAUGCUCCUCUCCCCAUGCUCCUCUCCCCAUGCUCCUCUCCCCAUGCUCCUCUCCCCAUGCUCCUCUCCCCAUGCUCCUCUCCCCAUGCUCCUCUCCCCAUGCUCCUCUCCCAUGCUCCUCUCCCCAUGCUCCUCUCCCCAUGCUCCUCUCCCCAUGCUCCUCUCCCCCAUGCUCCUCUCCCCAUGCUCCUCUCCCAUGCUCCUCUCCCCAUGCUCCUCUCCCCAUGCUCCUCUCCCCAUGCUCCUCUCCCCAUGCUCCUCUCCCCAUGCUCCUCUCCCCAUGCUCCUCUCCCCAUGCUCCUCUCCCCAUGCUCCUCUCCCCAUGCUCCUCUCCCCAUGCUCCUCUCCCCAUGCUCCUCCCCCCAUGCUCCUCUCCCCAUGCUCCUCUCCCCAUGCUCCUCCCCCAUGCUCCUCUCCCCAUGCUCCUCCCCCCAUGCUCCUCUCCCCAUGCUCCUCUCCCCAUGCUCCUCUCCCCAUGCUCCUCUCCCCAUGCUCCUCCCCCAUGCUCCUCCCCCCAUGCUCCUCUCCCCAUGCUCCUCUCCCCAUGCUCCUCUCCCCAUGCUCCUCUCCCCAUGCUCCUCUCCCCAUGCUCCUCUCCCCAUGCUCCUCUCCCCAUGCUCCUCUCCCCAUGCUCCUCUCCCCAUGCUCCUCUCCCCAUGCUCCUCUCCCAUGCUCCUCUCCCCAUGCUCCUCUCCCCAUGCUCCUCCCCCAUGCUCCUCUCCCCAUGCUCCUCUCCCCAUGCUCCUCUCCCCAUGCUCCUCUCCCCAUGCUCCUCUCCCCCAUGCUCCUCUCCCCAUGCUCCUCUCCCCAUGCUCCUCUCCCCCAUGCUCCUCUCCCCAUGCUCCUCUCCCCAUGCUCCUCUCCCCAUGCUCCUCUCCCCAUGCUCCUCUCCCCAUGCUCCUCUCCCCAUGCUCCUCUCCCCAUGCUCCUCUCCCCAUGCUCCUCUCCCCAUGCUCCUCUCCCCAUGCUCCUCUCCCCAUGCUCCUCUCCCCAUGCUCCUCUCCCCAUGCUCCUCUCCCCAUGCUCCUCUCCCCAUGCUCCUCUCCCCAUGCUCCUCUCCCCAUGCUCCUCUCCCCAUGCUCCUCUCCCCAUGCUCCUCUCCCCAUGCUCCUCUCCCCAUGCUCCUCUCCCCAUGCUCCUCUCCCCAUGCUCCUCUCCCCAUGCUCCUCUCCCAUGCUCCUCUCCCCAUGCUCCUCUCCCCAUGCUCCUCUCCCCAUGCUCCUCUCCCCAUGCUCCUCUCCCCAUGCUCCUCUCCCCAUGCUCCUCUCCCCAUGCUCCUCUCCCCAUGCUCUCUCCCCAUGCUCCUCUCCCCAUGCUCCUCUCCCCAUCUCUCCCCAUGCUCCUCUCCCCAUGCUCCUCUCCCCAUGCUCCUCCCCCAUGCUCCUCUCCCCAUGCUCCUCUCCCCAUGCUCCUCUCCCCAUGCUCCUCUCCCCAUGCUCCUCUCCCCAUGCUCCUCUCCCCAUGCUCCUCUCCCCAUGCUCCUCUCCCCAUGCUCCUCUCCCCAUGCUCCUCUCCCCAUGCUCCUCUCCCCAUGCUCCUCUCCCCAUGCUCCUCUCCCCAUGCUCCUCUCCCCAUGCUCCUCUCCCCAUGCUCCUCCCCCCAUGCUCCUCUCCUCAUGCUCCUCUCCCCAUGCUCCUCUCCCCAUGCUCCUCUCCCCAUGCUCCUCUCCCCAUGCUCCUCUCCCCAUGCUCCUCUCCCCAUGCUCCUCCUCCCAUACUCCUCCCCCCAUGCUCCUCUCCCCAUGCUCCUCUCCCCAUGCUCCUCCCCCCAUGCUCCUCUCCCCAUGCUCCUCCCCCCAUGCUCCUCUCCCCAUGCUCCUCUCCCCAUGCUCCUCCCCCCAUGCUCCUCUCCCCAUGCUCCUCCCAGCUCCUCCCCCAUGCUCCUCUCCCCAUGCUCCUCUCCCCAUGCUCCUCUCCCCAUGCUCCUCUCCCCAUGCUCCUCUCCCCAUGCUCCUCUCCCCAUGCUCCUCUCCCCAUGCUCCUCUCCCCAUGCUCCUCUCCCCAUGCUCCUCUCCCCAUGCUCCUCUCCCCAUGCUCCUCUCCCCAUGCUCCUCUCCCCAUGCUCCUCUCCCCAUGCUCCUCCCCCCAUGCUCCUCUCCCCAUGCUCCUCUCCCCAUGCUCCUCUCCCCAUGCUCCUCUCCCAUGCUCCUCUCCCCAUGCUCCUCUCCCCAUGCUCCUCUCCCCAUGCUCCUCUCCCCAUGCUCCUCUCCCCAUGCUCCUCUCCCCAUGCUCCUCUCCCCAUGCUCCUCUCCCCAUGCUCCUCUCCCCAUGCUCCUCUCCCCAUGCUCCUCUCCCCAUGCUCCUCUCCCCAUGCUCCUCUCCCAUGCUCCUCUCCCCAUGCUCCUCUCCCCAUGCUCCUCUCCCCAUGCUCCUCUCCCCAUGCUCCUCUCCCCAUGCUCCUCUCCCCAUGCUCCUCUCCCCAUGCUCCUCUCCCCAUGCUCCUCUCCCCAUGCUCCUCCCCCAUGCUCCUCUCCUCAUGCUCCUCUCCCCAUGCUCCUCUCCCCAUGCUCCUCUCCCCAUGCUCCUCUCCCCAUGCUCCUCUCCCCAUGCUCCUCUCCCCAUGCUCCUCUCCCCAUGCUCCUCCUCCCAUACUCCUCCCCCAUGCUCCUCUCCCCAUGCUCCUCUCCCAUGCUCCUCCCCCCAUGCUCCUCUCCCCAUGCUCCUCCCCCCAUGCUCCUCUCCCCAUGCUCCUCUCCCCAUGCUCCUCCCCCCAUGCUCCUCUCCCCAUGCUCCUCUCCCCAUGCUCCUCCCCCCAUGCUCCUCUCCCCAUGCUCCUCCCCCAUGCUCCUCCCCAUGCUCCUCUCCCCAUGCUCCUCUCCCAUGCUCCUCUCCCCAUGCUCCUCUCCCCAUGCUCCUCUCCCCAUGCUCCUCUCCCCAUGCUCCUCUCCCCAUGCUCCUCUCCCCAUGCUCCUCUCCCCAUGCUCCUCUCCCCAUGCUCCUCUCCCCAUGCUCCUCUGCUCCUCCCCCAUGCUCCUCUCCCCAUGCUCCUCCCCCAUGCUCCUCUCCCCAUGCUCCUCUCCCCAUGCUCCUCUCCCCAUGCUCCUCUCCCCAUGCUCCUCUCCCCAUGCUCCUCUCCCCAUGCUCCUCUCCCCAUGCUCCUCUCCCCAUGCUCCUCUCCCCAUGCUCCUCCCCCAUGCUCCUCUCCCCAUGCUCCUCUCCCCAUGCUCCUCUCCCCAUGCUCCUCUCCCCAUGCUCCUCUCCCCAUGCUCCUCUCCCCAUGCUCCUCUCCCCAUGCUCCUCUCCCCAUGCUCCUCUCCCCAUGCUCCUCUCCCCAUGCUCCUCUCCCCAUGCUCCUCUCCCCAUGCUCCUCUCCCCAUGCUCCUCUCCCCAUGCUCCUCUCCCCAUGCUCCUCUCCCCAUGCUCCUCCCCCCAUGCUCCUCUCCCCAUGCUCCUCUCCCCAUGCUCCUCUCCCCAUGCUCCUCUCCCCAUGCUCCUCUCCCCAUGCUCCUCUCCCCAUGCUCCUCUCCCCAUGCUCCUCUCCCCAUGCUCCUCUCCCCAUGCUCCUCUCCCCAUGCUCCUCUCCCCAUGCUCCUCCCCCAUGCUCCUCUCCCCAUGCUCCUCUCCCCAUGCUCCUCUCCCCAUGCUCCUCUCCCCAUGCUCCUCUCCCCAUGCUCCUCUCCCCAUGCUCCUCUCCCCAUGCUCCUCUCCCCAUGCUCCUCUCCCCAUGCUCCUCUCCCCAUGCUCCUCUCCCCAUGCUCCUCUCCCCAUGCUCCUCUCCAUUCUCCCCAUGCUCCUCUCCCCAUGCUCCUCUCCCCAUGCUCCUCUCCCCAUGCUCCUCUCCCCAUGCUCCUCUCCCCAUGCUCCUCUCCCCAUGCUCCUCUCCCCAUGCUCCUCUCCCCAUGCUCCUCUCCCCAUGCUCCUCUCCCCAUGCUCCUCUCCCCAUGCUCCUCUCCCCAUGCUCCUCUCCCCAUGCUCCUCUCCCCAUGCUCCUCUCCCCAUGCUCCUCUCCCCAUGCUCCUCUCCCCAUGCUCCUCUCCCCAUGCUCCUCUCCCCAUGCUCCUCUCCCCAUGCUCCUCUCCCCAUGCUCCUCUCCCCAUGCUCCUCUCCCCAUGCUCCUCUCCCCAUGCUCCUCUCCCCAUGCUCCUCUCCCCAUGCUCCUCUCCCCAUGCUCCUCUCCCCAUGCUCCUCUCCCCAUGCUCCUCUCCCCAUGCUCCUCUCCCCAUGCUCCUCUCCCCAUGCUCCUCUCCCCAUGCUCCUCUCCCCAUGCUCCUCUCCCCAUGCUCCUCUCCCCAUGCUCCUCCCCCAUGCUCCUCUCCCCAUGCUCCUCUCCCCCAUGCUCCUCUCCCCAUGCUCCUCUCCCCAUGCUCCUCUCCCCAUGCUCCUCUCCCCAUGCUCCUCUCCCCAUGCUCCUCUCCCCAUGCUCCUCUCCCCAUGCUCCUCUCCCCAUGCUCCUCUCCCCAUGCUCCUCUCCCCAUGCUCCUCUCCCCAUGCUCCUCUCCCCAUGCUCCUCUCCCCAUGCUCCUCUCCCCAUGCUCCUCUCCCCAUGCUCCUCUCCCCAUGCUCCUCUCCCCAUGCUCCUCUCCCCAUGCUCCUCUCCCCCAUGCUCCUCUCCCCAUGCUCCUCUCCCCAUGCUCCUCUCCCCAUGCUCCUCUCCCCAUGCUCCUCUCCCCAUGCUCCUCUCCCCAUGCUCCUCUCCCCAUGCUCCUCUCCCCAUGCUCCUCUCCCCAUGCUCCUCUCCCCAUGCUCCUCUCCCCAUGCUCCUCUCCCCAUGCUCCUCUCCCCAUGCUCCUCUCCCCAUGCUCCUCUCCCCAUGCUCCUCUCCCCAUGCUCCUCUCCCCAUGCUCCUCUCCCCAUGCUCCUCUCCCCAUGCUCCUCUCCCCAUGCUCCUCUCCCCAUGCUCCUCUCCCCAUGCUCCUCUCCCCAUGCUCCUCUCCCCAUGCUCCUCUCCCCAUGCUCCUCUCCCCAUGCUCCUCUCCCCAUGCUCCUCUCCCCAUGCUCCUCUCCCCAUGCUCCUCUCCCCCAUGCUCCUCUCCCCAUGCUCCUCUCCCCAUGCUCCUCUCCCCAUGCUCCUCUCCCCAUGCUCCUCUCCCCAUGCUCCUCUCCCCAUGCUCCUCCCCCCAUUUUCCUCCCCCGUAUUCCUCCUCUACAUGCUUCUCCUCCAGCCUGUUUCCAAGGAUCUACCAACCUUCUUUUCCCAGGUCUCAAGUCAGCAUCUGACUCCCCCCUCCCUCGAUCUUCACCCCGCACCAGCUUCCUCCUCCUCUCCCUGUGCUCGCCCCCUCCUCCUCCACCCUCCCCCCGGCGCCGCUGCUGUGCCAGCAGGUGGCCAUGGCGGACGUGCUGCUUGCGACGGCCGGAUCAACGAGAUGGCAUCGAAGCACCACCCCAACCUGGUGCGGCUGCUGGGGUUCUGCGUGGACUAUGACGCGGCGGGCACAGGUGGGCGGGCACAGGUGGGGUUCUGCGUGGACUAUGACGCGGCGGAGGAGCGAAUGGAGCAGAUCGCCAUCUACGAGUUCAUGCCCCAUGGGGACCUGCACCACCGCUUGCAUGGCGAUGGUGACACAGGUGGGCACCACCGCUUGCAUGGCGAUGGUGACACAGGUGGGCACCACCGCUCGCAUGGCGAUGGUGACGACACAUGUGGGCAUGCCACAGGUGAGUUGCAGCGUGGGGUGUGGGACCAACAGCGAGGGGGGGAGUGGGAGUGA